AUGUUUACACGAAGUGCCGCUGGUUCCCCAGGGGGCCGAGGAGUAUGUUCACGUCUGCGGGAGGUGUCGAGGACGCGCCGACCUGUACGACGCGGGCGUGGUUUUGGUCGGUGCGCUACGUGCCUCGGGGCGGACGCGCAAGCCGCCGCCGCCGCGCCCCGCAGGCCACGCCCACGGCCACCCGCUCGGCGGCGGGCGGCGGGCACGCUCGCGGGCGGCGCGCGCGCAAUGCGACGCGCCGGCGGCGGCAGUGGCGGCGGCGGCGGCGGUGGCGAGGAAGCCAAGCGGAAGGUGACCGCACGACUCGACGUGCAGAAGGACGACAUCCAAGCCGUACUGCCCAUCUCAAAGAACUGGGAGGUGAUGAAUACGGCAGUGCUGACGGGACGCCAGGUGUCCCAGGCCAUGAAGGUGUUCAUCGUUUCGCAAGCCGGAAAGGUGGCUGAUGUCACACUGCAAUCUUCCUGUCACUCCGAGGACGAAAGCGUGCUCAAGGUGUCCUCGUCGUGCAGCUCGGUGUACGUGGACGGAUCGGAGCAGCGCGGCUCUUCCAACGCGUCGGUGCUGGUCAAGUACGGCACGUACACGGGGCUGGCGCGCUUCACCGUCUGGAUGCCCGAGUUCCCGCUCGAGGUGCACGUGGCCGACUUCCGCCUCAGCCAAGUCAAGGGCUGGAAGGUGCCCGACCUGCAGGCCGCCGUCGGCAAGAUGAAGCGCGCCACGGAGGACUACCGCGGCGCGGGCGGCGUGGGCGGUGGCGGCGGCGGCGGCCUGGGCGCGUUCCGCGGCGCGGGCGGCUGGGCGGACGUGGGCGGCGACGCGGUCAACGGCAUCGACUCCGAGCGCGCGCACCCGGCGUGCCGCCUGCGCUUCCAGCAGAGCCCCGUCGAGGUGUACGCGCGCUUCCUGGCCGCCGACCAGGACACGGGCCGCGUCAGCUACUUCGUGAGCCGGCGCACGUGGCUGCGCGUCACCGACCUGGUGGAGAGCCUGCUGCGCGUGUCGGACCCGCGCAUCGCCAGCCUGUCCGGACGCAUCCUGCAGGGGCGCGGCACCGGACGCACCGAAGUGCAGGUGCUCUCUCCCAUCACCGGACGGGUGAUCGGCGCCAAGGAGGUGCGCGUGGGCAGCGACAAGGUGACCGUCACCAAGUUGGUGGUGCGCGUGGUGUCCGGCCUCCAGUUGUCCAUCGCGCCGGACAGCACGGUUGAGAACGGCUACGUCGCGGAGACCUCUGUCACCAGGAAGCUCACAGCCCAGUACCAGGAGGGGCUGCUGGACAUCGACCUGGAGUUCUCGGACGAGUCGCGCACACCGCUGCGCCAGGUGGCGGCGGCCGACUACCAGUUGCUGGUGGACAGUCUGGACCCCGAGGUGGUGGCGUUCGCGCCCAUGGUGGCGUCGGCGCACCCGCGCGUCAUCGCCGUGGGCGAGGGCCGCGGGGACCUGCUGCGCGUCACGUUGCUGCUGGCCGACGAGUGCCGCGGCCCGCCGCGCACGCGCCCGCUCAAGGUACGACCUGACACGCCUCGCUCCCACCACACCCGUCGUGGCACGGCCUGGAUGGCAUGACGCGACACGACGUGGCACGAUCCGACGCACCGCUACCACACGGCCCAUCCCAACCCGACUUGACGCGUCCCGAUCCGACUCGACAUGGCACGAGCCAAUUCGACUCGAUAGGGGACGUCGCGGACAUACGUUAUGGCACGUUCCG